UUAAGAUAUUUGCCCCCGAAAGCUCAGGUAUAAAUGGGGAGCAAAGCCCUAGCCCCGCGCCUUCGUAACCAGUCGGGAAGAGGGAGAUCGGUGACAGAGGCAUCAGCAGCUUCUCUUCUCCUCCGAGAUGGUGUCUUUUAGGUUCCACCAAUACCAGGUUGUAGGAAGGGCUAUUCCAUCUGAAUUAGAUGAACACCCUAAGAUUUACCGAAUGAAGUUAUGGGCCACGAAUGAGGUUCGGGCUAAGUCCAAGUUCUGGUACUUUUUGAGGAAGUUGAAGAAGGUCAAGAAGAGUAACGGACAAGUGCUUGCUAUCAAUGAGAUCUUUGAGAAGAAUCCCACCAAAAUCAAGAACUAUGGUAUCUGGCUCCGCUACCAAAGUAGAACUGGCUAUCACAACAUGUACAAGGAAUAUCGCGACACAACUCUCAACAGCGCUGUGGAACAAAUGUACACCGAGAUGGCUUCUCGACACCGGGUUAGAUCUCCAUGCAUCCAAAUCAUCAAGACUGCCACUGUUCCUGCUAAGCUAUGCAAGAGGGAAAGCACCAAACAAUUCCAUGAUUCGAAGAUCAAGUUUCCGUUGGUGUUCAAGAAGGUUAGACCUCCAACCAGGAAGCUCAAGACCACAUACAAGGCCUCCAAGCCCAAUCUAUUCAUGUAAACUCAUCCUUUCUCCCAUGAGCAAGCAGCAGCAGAUGCAAUAGAGUUUGGUUUAAAUCUUCAAAAUUUUGGUACAUUUUUUCUUUCAUUUCUUUUUGUUAGCAAUGAAUUUUCUCAAUCUUAUUGGAGGACGUCAAAUUUUGCUUCUGAUUUUUCGUUUCCCUGCUGAUUUAUGGAAAUGCUUUGACUUCAUUUGAAGAACAAUUAUUUGUUUAUAAAGUUUUGUUAUUCAUAGGUAA